GUUCGUUCACCGGCUCGGUGUUGGUAAAAAUGGCAGAGGUCAGCCAGCGGCUCGGGACCGGAGCUUACCGGCUGGCAACCGCCGGACCCGGCCAGGUUCGGACGCUGUGCCCCAAAGGAACCAGCGGACUGCUCCCGGUAAACGACGCGCGCAACCCAAGGCACUUUACAGAGGAAUCCGCCCAGCUGGCUCAAAGAAAAAGAGCACCUCAACUCAAUUCUGAGAAACUUUCCAGAGUGAGAAAAACGAAUAAUCAACAGAAACUCGUGGCUUUUCUUGGUUGCACUUCUUUAAGCAAACCGUUAGCUCGUCUAUUCUGGCUCCCCGAAGCCAAAAAGAGCCAAACAGCCGCCAAAACAAGCCUGCUGAUGCCGCCUGGGCGCCAUCACGAAAAGCUGUUUUCAUGCAUGAACCCACCCUGGACCAGAGGAGCUGUUUCAACCCAUCCUAACGCCUGUAUGUCCACUCAGCAGCUCAGGACGCUCUGUACUGUCCUCUUCAUCCUCGCAGAGGAGAGAUCAGGGUGUGGAGCUUCACCGAACCGCCUGAAACUCCACCCUGAUACCUUCAGAGCCUUCACAGCAGCCAGAAGUUACAGCAGGAGUUCAGAGGAGGUCCCUCUGCUCCACAGGAGUAAAACCGCCUACUAUGACAUCCUCAAAGUGUCCCCCAGUGCUACGCAGUCGCAGAUCAAGACAGCGUACUACAAGCAGUCCUUCAUCUACCACCCGGACAAGAACCUGGGCCGCCAGGACGCCACGCAGCGUUUCUCUCAGAUCAGCGAGGCGUACACCGUGCUGGGCAACAUCAGCCUGAGGAGGAAGUAUGACCGAGGGAUCCUGAGCCAGUCGGAUCUUCAGAGCUCAGGGAAGCCAUCCUCCAGAUACCCAUCAGGCAGAUCCACGGGCUCCCAGCAGCAGCAGCAGCACUAUCAGCACAGAGCCAGGCAGUUCUCCCGUACCGGUGGAAGGCCCAUGUUUGACUUUGACGCCUUCUAUCAGGCUCAUUACGGAGAGCAGCUUCAGAGGGAGAAGGAACUGCGAGAGAGGAAGAAGCGGAUGGAGGAGAUGCACAAGGAGAAGGUUAACAAGUUCAAGGAGGAGAAGAUUCUGGAGUUAACUUUGAUCAUGCUGGUGGGCAUGUCAGCGCUCUUCUUCAUCAGUCUGAACAGGCCUUGACCCAGCAGCAGCAGCAGCAGCAGGGGUGGAUGUUUCUCAGUGGGUUAGACGGGGGCGCUACCUCCGAUUGUUCAGGUGCUGCACAGUUUGCUGCAGGAGUUAAAGACUAACUGCUCUAAAACUGGACCUUUGCAGUUUGCAUCUCCCAAAAAAAAAAAAAAAAAAAAAAAACUCACAGGCAUCAAAUCAUCUUUAUCGAUGGGGAAAUUGUUGUACACUUGAUACCAUGAUUGGACAUGAAUGAGAAGUUGUUCUGAAGUGCAAUUCAGCUUUAAGCUAUCUGUAAUAAGCUGUCUGUUGCUUUACGGCCUUUCUUAGACCGUUGUUUGUUUGAAAAACACCACAGAAAUAAACUCAUGAAUGGUUAAAAUAAAUAAAAAAACACACAAUUUUAACUGUACAGUAGGUUUUUGAUGAGACAGAUGGUUCAAAUUAUUAUUUCUUCUUGAAGAAAUAACCGUUUUCCUUGAAAGGAUUAAUGAGUCAUAAAUUAGUUACUACAAUUGAAUGUGCGCUAAUAAGUUAUUUUGAAUUUUGGCAUCGUUUUAUUAAAUGCCCCUAACAAUAACCAACACUUCUGAUUAUGGGUCAUCAUUGUUUCAGCCAGAUAUGAUCAUGUACUUUGUAAACAUGUUUGCUUUUCUUAUUUGCGGUCUCAGCUCUGAUGCUGGACAGCUUUUGGCACCUUAAAGUGAUUGUUUUCUCUCCAAAUGAAGCCUAAACAUAAAAAGAGGAUUGCUCUUUUCAUAACAAACAACGGUGCUCUUGUUAUUCCUUUUACAUUGGAUCUGUUAUCGGAAGAUAAAGUGCACAGUUUAAAUAUUAUAGGUUAACAGCAAAAGUAAACACCUGCUAGUUUCACUUCAGGUGUAUAAAUGUAUAUAAGUCAAUGUACUGUACAUACUGUAUGAUUGACAAAGUAUUAAAAUCUAAAAAUAUUUCA